GAGUCACAAUCCUGCUCACUCUCAGUGCCUUGCUUCACCCUGAUUUCUUCCUCGGCUGUGUGAGUGUCAGCCUCCCUGCCCCUGCGGGGGCAUCUCAGCCUCAAGACCCUGCUAGGCAGUACCACCAAAGAGGGACAGAUCAAAAGGGAAGUACAAGCAUGCUUAUUCACUGACAUCCACUGGUGGUGACACAUCUAUCUGCAUAAUGGAGAAGAACUUACGGAAUAUCCUGGUGGUUUCUUUUGGAUUCUUCUUUAACUUCACGGCCUUUGGAGGCCUGCAGAAUCUGCAGAGCAGCCUCUACAGUGAGGGGGGCCUGGGGGUGGCGACACUCAGCACCAUCUACGGGAGCAUGAUGCUCUCCUCCAUGUUCCUCUCACCACUCCUCAUCAAGAAGUUUGGCUGCAAGUGGACCAUGGUGGGCUCCAUGAGCUGCUACUUGACCUUCUCCUUGGCCAACUUCUACGCCAACUGGUACACCCUGAUCCCCACCUCCAUCUUGCUGGGCCUGGGUGCAGCUCCCCUGUGGGCAUCUCAGUGUACCUACAUCACCAUCGUGGGAAAUUUGCAAGCGAAGAAAGAGAAGAAGCUGGGCAAGGACGUGGUGAACCAGUACUUUGGUGUCUUCUUCCUUGUGUUCCAAUCUUCUGGAGUGUGUGGCAACCUGAUUUCCUCACUGGUAUUCAGCCAGACACCCACUCAUGUGACCAUUCCAGAUUCCCAGCUCCAGUCCUGUGGAGCCAAAGACUGCCUGAUGGCCACCGUGGCUUCCAAUAACACCUCCAAGCCCUCCAAGCAACUCAUCUACACCCUGCUGAGCAUCUUCAAUGGCAGCAGUAUCCUGGCUAUCCUGCUGCUGAUCGUGUUUCUCGAGUCUGUGGAAGACAGAAUGGAGAACGAGGGAGAAGCAGGGCCCAGAUCAUCACCUCUCUGGUCGACUUUACUGGCCACCUUCAUGCUGUUUAAAAACGACAAGCGUCUGCGCCUCCUGAUUCUCCUGCCACUGUACAGUGGGAUGAACCAGGGGUUCAUGAAUGGAGAGUACACAAAGUCUUUUGCCACCUGUGCCCUGGGCAUCCAUUUUGUGGGCUACGUGAUGAUCUGCUUCUCAGGUGCCUCCUCACUGUGCUCUCUGCUGUAUGGGAAGAUCUCCAAGUACACGGGCAGGGCUGCACUCUUCACACUGGGUGCCGUCAUCCACUUCUCCUGCUUUAUCACCCUCCUCCUGUGGCACCCAAACCCGGCCCAUCUCCCUGUCUUCUUUAUCAUCCCUGGCCUGUGGGGGAUGGCAGAUGCUGUCUGGCAGACACAGAACAAUGCUCUUUACGGUGUCCUGUUUGUGAGGAACAAAGAGGCCGCCUUUGCCAACUACCGCCUCGGGGAGUCCCUAGGGUACGUCAUCGCCUUCGGGUACAGCUCGUUUCUGUGUGUGAGCACCAAGCUCGGCAUUCUCUUGGGCGUCUUGACCGUGACCAUGAUGGCUUACGGGAUUGUUGAGUACCUGGAACCCAAGACUACUAACAAGUCUGUGGCCACAGAAGAGAAAAGCCAGGCAGAAAGAGAAGAAAUGAAAACGCAAGUGUGAGUGCAGCCAUGCCAUGGCCAGAAACUCGGCCUGGACCAUCAGAGCAGUUCCCUGUAGCGACAUUCAGUAGAUAGACUCAGUUGUUCAUGAUUGUCUCAGAAAUAUGUGGACAUUCUGAUGAUCAUGUGUA